GGAGACACAAGUUGAUUAGUAGCGACUAGCGACAAGUGAGAGAGAAUUUCUCUUGUUCCAAUUUUUCUGAAUCUCAAAAUGGAUAUGAUGCCUCUUGAUCUUCCAACACUCUUUCCUCUCAUUUUAGCCCUUUUAGCGACGGCUUUACUCCUUCUCCGUCGCCAAAAACACCCCAAGAAUGGUUGUUGUAAUGUCCCUAAAGGCACCAUGGGAUGGCCCUUCAUUGGAGAGACUCUCGAGUUCCUCAGCCCCCAUAGAUCCAACUCCAUUGGCACCUUCCUACAACAACGUUGCUCGAGAUAUGGCAAAGUUUUUAAGUCACAUUUGUUCGGGUCGCCAGCUAUAGUGUCGUGUGACAACGAGUUCAACAUGUUCAUCCUUCAGAAUGAGGGAAAGCUAUUCCAGGCCAGCUACCCUAAGGCCAUGCAAGGGAUUCUCGGGCAGUACUCGUUGUUGAUCGUCUCCGGGGAGCAUCACAGGAAGCUUAGGGGGAUCGCAGUGAGCUUCAGCGCGAUGUCCAAAUCUUCACCUGUGUUUCACUCUCGUAUUGAGAAACUCGCAUUCUCAAUGUUUGAGUCGUGGAGAGGGCGCAGAGAGAUUUCCUUUCUCGAAGAGAUGAAAAAGUUCACUUUGAGUUUGAUGGUGAAAACCGUUUUGAGCAUCGACCCGGAAGAACCAGUGGCCAUGAGGUUUUUGCAAGAUUUCAGAACUUACAUGAAAGGCUUCAUAUCCUUGCCACUAAAUGUUCCAGGAUCUGCUUAUGCCAAAGCUGUCAAGGCGAGGGCAAGGCUUUCGAGGACGGUGAAGGAGAUAAUAAAGCAAAGGGAAAUGACGACUACUACUCCGGCGCCGGCAAGAACCUGCAGUAACGACGGCAACUGUGGUGAUGGAAUUACGACGACCUCGUCGGGAGAGGAAAAUGGGGACUUCCUGGAGGUAAUAUUGUCGAAGCACAGCAGCAUAAGGCAAAUGAACGAUGACGAGAAAGUGAGCAGCGUUUUGGACAUUGUCUUGGGUGGUUACGAGACCACUUCCACCCUCAUUUCCCUCAUCGUCUACUUCCUCCACCGUUCACCCGCCGCGCUCCUAGCUUUCAAGGAAGAACAUGAAGCUAUAAGGAGGAACAAAGGCAAAGGGCAGCCCUUGGGGUGGGAGGAUUACCAGAAAAUGGACUUCACCCGCAAUGUGACAAAAGAAGCUGUGAGAUGUGGGAAUCUAGUCAAAUUUUUACACCGCAAGGCACUCCAAGACGUGGAAUUCAAAGGGCAUUUGAUUCCUCGUGGAUGGAAGGUGCUUCCUGUAUUAGCAGGGCCAAAUCUAGACCCGUCUCUUCAUCAUGACCAUCUUCAGUUUAAUCCUUGGAGAUGGACGGAGGACAAAGAAAUAGGGAAGAAGACUAUGGGAUAUGGUGGUGGACCAAGGGUGUGCCCAGGAUCCGACCUAGCUAAAGUCAUGGUUGCCUUCUUCCUUCAUCAUCUUGUCCUCACCUAUAGGUGGAAAGUGAAAGAAGAUGAGUACCCAAUUGCUUAUCCGUAUGUGGAGUUUCGAAACGGACUUCAAGUGGAGAUUGAGCCGGUAGAAUCACAUGUUUAGAUCGAGGAUUAGGCAUACAAUAGAGAGAGACUAUGUACAUUAGUUUCGGUAUGCGGUAUUAAUUCGAGUUUUUACCCUAAGUUUAAUUCUCUUAGAGAAAAAUAAUUGUAAUUUUCUAUAAAUUGUGUGAUAGAUGCAUCUUGAAGUAUGUAAACCAAUGCUUUUUUUCUGUUUUAGCAGUGCUUUUGUACAUUUUCUCUAUUUGGGAGUUUGAUUUAUUUUUGGAAAAACAAUCUACAUAGUUUUGUUUCUAUUUCUAAUUUUCUUGAAUUUAAAGGUUGAUUAAACAUAAUAUGACGCAAAUAUUACACAAAUACAAACGUUGGGGUAACAUAUAUAAUUUCUUAGAGAUUAGUGCCACAAAUAUCAUUUAUUUAUAGAUGGCCAGCUCAUUAAGUAUUGACUUUUGUGAUAAUACAUUCCAUCCACAAUUUGGGGUCGUUUGGAGAACAGGAUUCAGGACAUGGAUUCAUUGAAUCCGUAGAUUUUGUAAAAAAUUAUGUUUUUUUGUUCCUUUGAUAUUGUGGAUUCUAGCUUUAGAGAUUUCAAAUCUCUAAAAUCUGUGGAUAUCAAAUCUCUCAUAAUCAGAGAGAUUCUAUAUCUUGAUUCGUAAGAUUUUUUUUUCUCCAAGUUCUUCUCUUACUUUUAUUUAUUUAUCACAUGAAAUAUAUUUAUCAACAAAGUUUUUAAUAUUUCUCAAACCACUCUAAUUUUUAUAUUAAGGAUAAACAUGUUAUUUAAUAUAAAAUAAAAUUUUUAUUUUAAUUGAAGGUUAACAAUCACAGUUACCAAACAAUAAACAUUUUAAAAUCCGUUUUCAACAAUCCGAAGAGUUAGAAUCUUUAGAUUGUUGACAAUCUAUAGAUUUAAACUCAUAUUCUCUAAACGACCCCUUGGUAUGAGAAAAAUAGGCUAGGAAUAUUGUCGUAUUGGUCCAAAUUAUAUGAUCAUCCCAAUUACAUUGAUUUAGUAAUUAGUAUGGGGCAUCAUAUGGGCUGCAACAUAACACAAUCUAGCUUGCUUUUCACGGGCCAUGAUAAAAAAAAUGAUCCACGUCCGUGGCCCAGUAGGUAUCUGUUGAAAUUCGAUAUACGGUCAAGUUUCUUCAAAUCGGUUGAGAGACUAAAAAAGUUGUGACCGAGCUUGAAUGACCAACGGGAAAUAGGAAACACACGCUUUUUAUAAUCUGAGUAUACGAAGUAUUGGUUGGUGAAACUCUAAUAAAUGUAUAAAUGUAUAAUGGCUCCACUAUUAAUAAGAGCCGCACAUGUGAUAUUUUUACAUGAAUAUUUUUGUAUAUGAAAUGAAAUGCUUGAUUUGUCUACAGAAUUAUGAUUUUGAUCUCUCUUUCCAAGCAACUACACAAACUUGGAUUGAAAUUCUUUUAUAAUAAAAUUUGGAUUAAAAC